AUGGGGCCGCGCCCCGCCGCCCCCGGCGCUGCCCUGGCGCUGCUGGGGAUCGCCGCAGCCGCCGCCGCCGCCAGGUCCCUGCCGCUGCCCGACGCGGGCCCGCACGUCAACUACGGCUGGGGGGAGCCCAUCCGGCUGCGGCACCUGUACACCGCCAGCAAGCAUGGGCUCUUCAGCUGCUUCCUGCGCAUCGGCGGCGACGGCCGGGUGGACGCUGUCGGCAGCCAGAGCCCGCAGAGUCUGUUGGAGAUCCGCGCCGUGGCGGUGCGCACCGUGGCCAUCAAGGGCGUGCGGAGCUCCCGCUACCUCUGCAUGGACGAGGCGGGGCGGCUGCACGGGCAGCUCAGCUAUUCCAUUGAGGACUGUUCCUUUGAAGAGGAGAUUCGUCCAGACGGCUACAACGUGUAUAAAUCAAAGAAACACGGAAUAUCGGUGUCUUUGAGCAGUGCCAAACAAAGACAGCAAUUCAAAGGAAAGGAUUUUCUCCCACUGUCUCACUUCUUACCCAUGAUCAACACCGUGCCAGUGGAGGCGACAGACUUUGGUGAAUACGGUGAUUACAGCCAGGCUUUUGAGCCAGAGGUCUACUCGUCACCUCUCGAAACGGACAGCAUGGAUCCCUUUGGGAUCACUUCCAAACUGUCUCCAGUGAAGAGCCCCAGCUUUCAGAAAUGACUCUGAUUGCCCACAUGGUUUUAAAGAAAUACCGCAGAAUGUUGCAGGUUUUUAGCUUCUUGUGUAGUGAUGUCUCAAACUUUUUUUUCAUGUCUCACUAUGGAGCCAGCCUUCUCCGUACAAUGUGUUGUAUCUAUAAGAGCUGAGUGCCCAGAUGCCGUAUUCAAAAGAAUUGCCUCUCCAUAGUUUACUUGGAAAAGGAAAAUUAAAUAAGAACAGCUUAACAAAUUCAUCAGAGUUCCUCCAUUACUGUGGUGAUGAUAAAAUAUAUAGCUUUUGUACAUCAAAUUCAUUACCACAUAUGUUCACCUGUUAUUUCUGCUCAUAGGAGCAAAUACAGGAAAUCUCCUUGCCAUUCACAAGGCGGUUCACAGUCUUGGAGACAAACAUUUGGAACAAAACAUGAUUAAGGAAGACUGAGCAAGUGCGGUUAUGUGAACUAAACUUAGUGCUGUUUCUUGAAAAGCUGCUGACAACCUUCUGGGAAAGCUUUCUGUUGAAAGCAUACCACUGAAAAACAAUUCUGCUUAUACACUGUGCUUUUUCUUCCCUUAGGAAAGAAGGGAAGAAAGGAAAAUAUUUCUUCCUUCUCCUAUUGCUAAAGGUACCUUAACUGGAUCUUCGGUUUAUCUUAUAGGCUAAUUUAUGUUCACUAGGAGAUCUGCAUCAUCCAGUAUAGACUUGUCUUUAAUGUUAAUGGGAAUUCAGUAUGUGGGUAGAAGUGUAUACAGAACUAGCAUUUGUGUUCAUCUGGUAGGAAUGAGCAGUUAAAAUUAGUGUACAGAUAUAGGUUCUGCUGUAUAUACUCAUGUAUGUCAUUAGCAAAUGGAGAGAAUGUCUGAAAAUGGAUGAUGUGUAGGUCACAUCAGUUGCAAAGAACAUUUUUGUAUUAUGCCUUUAACCAUCAGCAAUUCUUUUAAGUCCAUCCAGGCUUGAUUCUGCAUCAGUUGAAACCGUGGAGAUACAAUUUAGUGACCUAAGCGCUGCAGAACUGAGCUGGCCAUGCCAUGCUUCUUGUGGGAAGGAAUUGUGGGUACCUCAUGGCCAAAAGGCAUAUGUCUGAUGUCUUCAGUUGUGUUCUCCCCUUGUGACAAUUUAACAAAGGAAUAACCAAAUAGAAACCAAAAGAAGACAAAUAUAAGCGUUCAGGGAUUCCACUCAUUUCUAAAGGCUCACUUAUAAUAGAGAUUUCUAUACAAAAAGCUCUACUGGAAACACUGGUGUUGUUCUGACCUAGCACUUCAUUGCCAAUGCAAUAUUUAUAAUUAAUUUAUUAAAUACAUACCUCUGUUUAUUUUGUUACUGUUAUUUAUGCUCAAAAUUCUAUUUAUAUACUCUUGAAGGUGGGUUUUUUGGUUGUAACAAAUUUUGUGAAGUUUUGUAAUCAUUAAAUUUUAGGAAACAAUAGCUUUUUAAAUUUCUGUUCAUUAUCGGUAGCGUAAUGUGUACAUUUGCAAUAAAAAAUCAUCUUCAAUACAGAAAUCUAGAUGACUCUUUUGUGACUCCUUCAGCCCAAACACUUCAGGGAGCUUUAUCAAACCAUGGUACCUGGCUCGUGGUGGUGGUGCAGUUGAGGUGCAACACAGAGAUGGAGUGAGUUUCCUAAAGCCAGACAGUGAGUGCCAAUGCUGGGGCUCUUGUCCAUCUGCUGCCUGUUCCUGAUGACCCUCACAUGAGACUGCAAGACUGAGAGAAGUAGCUGUGUUAUGGAAAGGUUUGGCACCACAUGUAUGAGCCACCUGCAAAAAGCAAAACCACUCUAAGUGGAAGGCUGCUCUCUUUUAAAAAAUGGCACCAUACUCCACAGUGCUUCUAGGGGGGAAAUGGCUAUUAGGCCUGAAAAAGAUGUUGACUUCUGUCAGGAAAAGAAAGACUAAGCAUUUCACUCUAGAAAUGCUACAAGGGUGACUCAGAGGAAUUGCAGAGUUCUUGGCUGCAAAACGUCUCCCUUGGUGUUUCAUGUUCUCCUUUGUGCUGAGCCACUGCCACAAAUCCAGAGGCUUCCUAGUCUUCAUGCACUGGGAGAUUUUCAAGCUGUUUUAUUUCAAAAG